GAGAGAUUAAACCUUUGUACAAAAAGUUUUUGACCUCUACCUUUUUAUACGGUCUCAGUAUUACAGAACAAUCGACAGGAAUAUGGAGACUGUUACACGUGUAUUUAUUCUCUAUUCACUCUUGGGUCUUAAUAACGGCCAGUUUGGAUUUUCAAAUUCGUACAGUGCUGAACAAUGUGCAUCUAAACUUGCCUGUUCGCUGAAUUACAGCCAAGUUUUCGACUCCAAGAUAAGAGAACUGACCUACCACCAUAAUCUAGAUUUGUUUACACUCCGCAGCUUCUUCACUGAAAAAUUGAUGCCUAUCCAACGGGACGCAGAGAUACUAAAGGUCAAUACAUCCGCCAUGUUCCAAAAUUUUGGCCGGGAAAUUUCGAACGUCUACACGACGUUGGGUCAUGACCGAGAAUUUCUGAACAACCUGACUCGUGGAGUUUAUGAUCUUGGAAAAUCUCUCCAUGGAGAGAUUGCGGUCCGUAUGAACGAUGUUCACCGUCUGGUCGUGGAACUAGGAGGAGUACAGAACAAACUGGGGCUGUUACAAUCACAAAUCAACGACCUGAAGGGGGCCAACGCCACCGAACAGGCGCCGCAACUCGUACAGCCUGGAAAACAGUGUCAAGCUGACAACCACACAUUAGCGGAGCUGGCUGAACUUAAAAAGAAUAACACAUUUUUAGAGAGAGUUUACACGUACGCCGCCGACGCUGUCAAGAGGUUGACGUUAAACUUGGCAGACCGCGACAGACAAAUCUUAUUAUUACAGCAAAAGGUGCAGAAACUACAGAACCAGUCUGCCGGACCCCUAAUCAGCGAUUGUGAUUUUCCUCUUGGGAUGGAGAACGGGACAAUUCCUGACUCCGCCAUCACUGCCAGCGAGACCCACACAAACUACAAUACCGCCGGCGCGCGCAUAAACAGCCAGGCCGGAUGGUAUACCAAUGACAAGUCAAGGUCACAUGACUGGAUCCAGGUGGACCUGGGUCAAAAGAAGCAUGUUACUAAAAUAGCUACUCAGGGAGCCCCGUGUUGUGACGUCCGUGUGACUAACUAUACGAUACAGUUUUCCUCAGAUGGUCUCCAAUGGAUGGACUACCAGGAGAACUGCCAGAAAAAGUACUUUGAUGGUAACACAGACCAGACUUCGAUCAAGCAACACAGCUUGGAACCUCCCAUUAAUGCACGAUAUGUCAGAAUCCACGUGGCAGACUUUUAUAAGCAGCCCAGUAACACAAACAACUACGUGGGCAUGCGCUUUGAGUUGUACGGAUGUUCUGUCAGAACUUAGUAUCUUGUUUAUAUCACAUGGUGAUAAAAUCUGCAAAAUAUUA